CAUUCCUUCAAUUCGGUAUUUGUGCACAGUACGAUAAUGUUGUACCUCGUAACGGCUUUUGCAAGUGUACUUUCACUUUUAUAUUAUUAUUUUACAAGAACCUUUAACUACUGGAAAGAUAGAAAUGUUCCCGGACCUAAACCGCUGCCAUUCUUUGGAAACCUUAAGGAUAGCGUGCUCAGGCGUAAGUUCGGUGCAAUACUUUUUAAAGAUAUUUACGAUGCAUAUCCCAACGAGAAAGUGGUCGGAGUCUACAGAAUGACCACACCGUGUCUACUGCUCCGCGACUUGGACGUUAUUAAGAACGUCAUGGUUAAAGACUUUGAUCUGUUCGUCGACAGAGGAAUUUCAUUUAAUCAAGACGGACUAGGAGUUAACCUGUUCCAUGCUGACGGGGAUACAUGGAGAGUACUGAGAAACAGGUUCACACCAGUAUUUACUUCUGGUAAGCUGAGGAACAUGUUGUAUCUCAUAAUCGAACGAGCUGAACACUUUGUUGACCAUAUUGAAACGCUUCGUGUUAAACAAUCGGAACUACCUAUACAUGCCCUAGUUCAGAAGUAUACAAUGGCUACUAUUGCCGCAUGUGCGUUCGGCUUGGAUUUAGAUGAGGGUAUGUAUGAAACAUUGAAUAAAAUAGACAAAAUGAUUUUUAAUGCAAGUUACACGUUCGAGAUAGAUAUGAUGUACCCUGGAAUAUUUAAAAAGUUCAAAGGUUCAAUUUUUCCCAGUUACUUAAAUUCGUUCUUCUAUAACCUUGUACAAAAUGUUAUUAAGCAAAGAGGUGGAAUGCCAACAAAUAGAAAGGACUUUAUGGAUUUAAUUUUACAAUUAAGACAACAGAAAAUAAUUGAAGGAACAAAGAAAGUGGACGAUGAGAAGUUGAGGAUAGUUAAACUGACUGAUAUGGUCAUUGCCGCUCAGGUGUUCGUAUUCUACGCUGCCGGCUACGAGACCAGUGCCGCAACUAUGAGCUACCUGUUCUAUGAACUAGCAAUGAAUCCUGAUAUACAAGAUAAAGUCAUUUCAGAAAUUGACGAAGUACUUGAACGAUACAAUGGUGAAAUAACCUAUGAUGGUUUAAAUGAAAUGACUUAUUCGCAAAAAGUAUUCGAUGAAACUUUAAGAAAAUAUCCAAUUAUUGAUCCUUUGCAACGCAAUGCUCAAGCGGACUACACAAUCCCAGGCACUAAUGUUACUAUCAAGAAAGGACAAACUGUACUCAUCAAUGCUUUGGGUAUUCAUCGCGAUCCUAAAUACUACCCCAACCCAGAGAAGUUUGAUCCUGAACGUUUUAGUCCUGAAAACGAGAAAGACAGACAUUCGUGUGCUUAUUUACCAUUUGGAACUGGACCCAGAAAUUGCAUAGGUCUGAGAUUCGCCAAGGUGCAGUCUCGAGUGUGCGUAGUCAAGUUCCUGUCGAAAUACCGAGUGGAGCCUUCGAAAAACACCCCAAGACAUUUGGAGUACGACCCCAUCCGGCUAGUUCUCUUCCCCAAAGGAGGAAUUCACCUAAAUGUUGUACGUAGAUAAAAUGAAAUUAAUCUAUGUUUAUCAUCUCACGGAAACGAAAAUGUAUAUACAGAUUUAAUAAAUGGUUUAUGGAUCUAA